AUGGAUAUCAUUCUGGAAAUAUGGGAUACCUUCAUUGGUGAUCGCAUGUAUUCCACCCUUCUUCCGACCUCCCUUUCCUCCUCCGUGUCUUUCCCGGGCUUUGUCAAUGCCGCCAACAGUUCACUCGCCUUGUUUGGCGCCGCUGAACCCUUUAUCUAUGAGCCUGCCACUCAGCUCAUGACCUUGGAGCCCUCCAAAUAUGCGUACCUUAGCGCCUGGCCACGGAACAACAUCUAUCGCCAAUUCACCAGCUUCUUCUUGAUCACUUGGAUCUUCGGUCUUCUCGUCUAUUUCAUUGUGGCGACCCUCUCCUACAUCUUCGUUUGGGACAAAACCACCUACAACCAUCCCAAGUUCCUGCGAAACCAGAUCUCCAUGGAGAUUAGACAAGCCAUGGAAUCCAUGCCCCCAAUGGCCCUCUUGACCGCGCCCUUCUUCACCAUGGAAGUCCGAGGCUACGCCAAGCUCUACGAUACAGUCGCCGAAGAACCCUUCCCAUACUAUAGCGUCUUGCAAAUCCCAUUCUUCAUCUUCUUCACCGAUUUCUUCAUCUACUGGAUUCACCGUGGUCUGCACCACCCGAGCGUUUACAAGACCCUUCACAAGCCUCACCACAAGUGGAUCAUGCCGAGUCCCUUCGCUUCGCACGCUUUCCACCCCUUGGAUGGCUGGUCUCAGAGUGUGCCCUACCACGUGUUUCCUUUCAUUUUCCCUCUGCAGAAAGUCGCCUACGUCUUCUUGUUCGGCUUCAUCAACCUCUGGACCGUCUUCAUCCACGAUGGAGAGUAUGUGGCUAACAGCCCGGUUGUGAACGGAGCCGCCUGCCACACCAUGCACCACUUGUACUUCAACUACAACUACGGUCAAUUCACCACCCUCUGGGACCGUCUUGGUGGCAGCUACCGCAAGCCUAACGAGGAGCUUUUCCGCCGCGAGACCAAGAUGGGUGACAAGGAAUGGAAGCGCCAGGCUAAGGAGAUGGAGGCUAUCCUCAAGACCGUGGAGGGUGAGGAUGACCGCAGUUACUCUGCCGAUACGAAGAAAAACCUUUGA